UUAUGCAAUUACAAAGUCUAGAGGUGAGAGAAAGUCAGAGAGAGAGAGAGAGAAACUUCGUAGAGAUAAGAUGGGAUGCACUUCGCUGCUUAGAAGCCCCAAGAAAGAAGAACAAGAAGUGCCCGAUGCCAAUUCUAACCAACCUUACACCUAUGAAGAUUUCAAUAUUUUGGACGAACUCGAAGGGGUCUUGAGCACCAAGGAAGAACAAGAUUCUUCGUUGCCGCAACAAAAAUCUUCUAGUAGUGAAUUCCAUUGGGAUUUCAUGGAAUGGGAGGAGUUUCAACCCCCCAAUAUUGAAGAGGAAGGAGAAGAUGAAAAUGAAGGGAAAGAGAACAGGAGGAGCAAAUGCCUCUUUGAUGAGGAGGAGCAAGAGAUGAAGAUUGAAAACAAUAAUAAUAUUGUUGGGUUUUGGGAAAUGGAUGAUGAGAAGAUGGUGGCUUUGAAUUUGAACUUGAACUAUCAAGAGGUUUUGGAUGCAUGGUCUGACCGAGGCUCUCUAUGGGCUGAUGAUUGUUCUCUUUCAUUCGCCACCAAUAAUGCCUACUAUAUGGGAGAAGUGCCGGUAUUGGAAGAAGAGAGAGCAAGAAGAGAAGCAUGUGUUCUUAGGUACAAAGAGAAGCGCCAGAACAGGUUGUUCUCAAAGAAGAUAAGAUACCAAGUUCGGAAAUUAAACGCUGAUAAAAGACCAAGAAUCAAGGGUCGCUUUGUGAAGAGACUCUGAAGUUGCUCGAGAAAGAUCCCCCAAACCAAAAAAUAUCUCCCACAAAUAUCUAGGACCAUUCCCUGUACAUUUAUUUUUAAUUAAUUUCAACUCAAAAACAUUCUUGUAUUUAUCCAUUCAAAUUAUCCUUCUCUUCCUAUAGAAUUGGAAAGGAAAAAUACAAAAUUUCUCUGCUCCAAAUUUCAGGAUAAAAUUUUCAUUCCGUUUUUUCA